UACAUUUAUUGAGAAUUUAGCCAUGUUUCUGACAAGAGCGUCGUCUGUGGCACGCAGACAGAGUGCUGCACUAUCAAGAUUUAAAACCACUCUUGCUAUCCGACGUGAGACCAUCAAUGUCUGGGAGCGACGUGCACCCCUCGCUCCUCACCAUGUUAAAGACAUUGUAGAUACUGGUGUUAAUGUUCUUGUGCAGCCUUCCACCAGACGAGCUUACUACAUGCAGGAAUAUGAAGAAGUAGGAGCUGUGAUCACUGAAGACAUUUCCUCAGCUACCCAUAUUAUCGGGGUGAAGGCUCCAGAACCUGAGGAGCUUAUCGAGGAUAAAUGUUAUGCCUUCUUCUCCCACACCAUCAAGGCUCAGCCGGAGGGCAUGCCUCUUUUGGACGAGAUGUUACGAAAAAACAUAACCUUAUUAGACUACGAAAAAAUGACUAACGAAGACGGCACAAGAAAUGUAGCAUUUGGUCAUUACGCUGGGGUCGCAGGAAUGAUCAACGUGCUGCACGGGCUAGGACUGAGGAUGUUGUCACUCGGUGUCACAUCACCCUUCCUUCACAUCGGCCUCGCCCACAACUACGCGACUGUUGCGGACGUGGUGCCUGUACUACAUAGGAUCGGGGAAAGUAUGAAGAAGUAUAAGCUGCCCAAAGUAAUAGCUCCUCUCACUUUCUCCUUUACAGGCAGCGGCAAUGUUUCUCAGGGUGCCAGGUCGAUAUUCGAACAUCUUCCUCACGAAUACAUUGAACCUACUGAAAUGAAACAAGCUGCUCUUGAAGGAGAUCCCAGCAUCUGCUACGCCACAGUAUUGAGGCGUUCUAACUCGAUGGAGCGUAUUGACGGUAAACCUUACUCUGCUGAUGACUACAAUAUGAAUGGGGACCUCUACAAAAACAUAUUCGCUGAAAAGGUAGCCCCCUACACAACAUGUUUAGUUAACGGAUUGUACUGGGAAGCCCCCGCUCCAAGAGUACUCAGUGAUGAAGACGCUGUUCGGAUGUUCGGAAAAGGAAGUCAGGCUAAAAACAAUAUCAUGAGAGGAAUUCCACAAAUACCACACAAGAUGCUCGCCAUUUCUGACAUCACUUGUGAUAUUGGGGGAUCAAUCGAGUUCAGUAAAGAACCAACUACAGUCGGCAGUCCAUUCCAGUUGUACGAUCCCAAAACGAGGACGGUCCACAGCGAUUUUUCAAGAGAUGGUGUGAUGGUCAUGUCUAUCGACAAUUUGCCCUGCCAGCUACCUCGUGAAGCUACAGAAUACUUUGGGGAUUGCUUGAUGCCUCAUCUUGCCGACUUUUUGAGUUUGACACACGAUGAAAGCAUAUUAUCUCAAGCGAACAACACUUCUCCAUGCAUAUCAAGGGCGAUAAUCACGAACCAGGGAGAUCUAGCUCCUGAUUAUAAGUACAUUUCUCUGCUGCGGAAAGAACAAGAGUUACAGAGGAUCGCAGAGACGGCAGGAGCUCGAAGUUUGACUAGCAAGGAGUAUAGGAGUGAUAACAAACGGGUUCUGCUGCUCGGUUCAGGUCUAGUUUCGGAACCGGUGGUGGAGUAUCUCACCAGAUCAGCUGAUGUCAGGAUAACUAUAGGCUCAAAUGACGAAGCUCAAGCUACAGCCUUGGCAAGUAAAUACAGAAACACAGUGCCUCAACAUUUAGAUGUGGGAGAUAGACGGAACCUUAGCAAUGAAAUAGCUAAACACGAUCUUGUUAUCAGUCUGUUGCCAGCAACAAUGCACGCUUUUGUUGCGGAGCUCUGUAUCGAUGCGAGGAGGAACAUGCUGACGGCUUCGUACGCUUCUGAUCAAAUGAGAAAACUUGGUACACGGGCAGCUCAGAAAGGCGUCAUUUUGUUCAACGAGAUAGGACUAGACCCUGGUAUUGACCACUUGAUGGCUAUGAACCUGUUCGAUGACAUAAAACAAAAUAACGGAACUGUGGAGAGUUUUGAGUCGUUCUGCGGAGGUCUCCCCGCUCCUCAGUUCACCAAUAACCCACUCAGGUACAAGUUCACGUGGUUCCCGAAGGGUGUGGUUACCAACGCGCUCUCAGAUGCCAAGUAUCUUAAAGAUGGCAAGGAAGUUGUUGUUGAGUCUGGUACCUUGAUGCAAUGUGCCCGUCCGUUUGAAGUGAUGCCUGGCUUCAACCUGGAAUGUUACCCAAACAGGGACAGCACUAUUUACAAGGAAGCAUACGGUAUAGAGGCAGCACACACGGUAUUAAGAGGGACUUUAAGAUAUAAAGGAUACUCCAUGGCCAUGGAUACCCUCAUUCAACUAGGAUUCUUCAAAUCGGAUAAAAUGGAUCUCUCGGGAUAUUCUUGGGCAAACUUAACGAAGCAGUUGCUAGGCAACAGAUCCAUGUCACAUCAAGAAUGUAAGAAGAAACUUCUGACUCUGUUUAGCGGUGACAGGUUCAGGGCCUCCACAAUCGUCAAGUUAGGAUUGUUAGAUAACGACAACAUACCAGCUGGUAUAGACAACCCAAUGGAUGCGCUGGUGGAGAAGAUAUCCUCUUCCCUGAUGUUGCCUGAAGAUGAGACCGAUGUUAUUAUUAUGAACCACUCUGUCGGAGUUAGACUUCCGAGCGGCAAAUGCGAGACACACAGAAGUAACAUGGUAGUUUACGGGGAGGAGGGAGGUUGGACCGCCAUGUGUAAAACUGUCGGACUUCCUGUCGGUAUUGCUGCUGAGAUGAUAAUGAACGGUGAGAUAAAGGAGAGAGGGUUAGUUUUACCAUUUACUAAAGAGAUCUACAAACCCAUGUUGAAGAAACUAGAGCUUGAAGGAAUCACAGAGAGACGCGAAGUGGAAUCUGAGGAUUUAUAGAGAGUUUUUUCUAAGGGUUUAUAAAUUUGUAUUCCUGUCUGAAAUUGAAUAACCCCUGCGUACAGUGACCACUGACCAUGCUAAUCGAAGAGCUAAAAAGGGCCUACUUAGGACACUUAAAAUAUAGGUUAUAUUUUUAGGACUUACUUGCUUUAUGUUACUUUAGUCAUAGUUGUAUUUGGUCGUACAGCCUUGUCAACGUUGUAAACUUACGUCUUCAAUCCGAAAAGAAUAUCAUCAAGCUUUGCUUCUAAUAUUCUUUUGUUGUCGUUAAAAUAAUUAUCAACGUUGGUUAGGCAGUGGCUUUAGUUAUAUUUAGAUCGAAAACAAUUUUUUUCGUAUCAGAAUGUACAAAGUUUAUUUAACUGAGCUAACAUUAUUAUAUUAGUAGUAUGGGGUCGCUCACAUAUUACGUAAUCAAUUUUUUGGCAAUUUUUACCCCCCCCCCUCCCCCUCCGUAAUCAGUUUUACACAUAGCUAUUGUGUCAGAAUUACACGAGCGUAAUCAUUUGGAACCUCCCCCCCCCCCCCCCUCGGCUGAUUACGUAAUAUUAUGUGAAUGACCCCUAUAGUUGUAAAUUUUGCUUUUAGUGAAUAUUUUAAAUAUUUGGUUAUAUUAAUUUAUUUGUUAACAUGUUUCCUAUUAUACCGCUUUUUCUAUACGUUAUAUCAGAAUCAGGACAUAUUUGAAGAACUUUUCAAUAGAAUUUUUCGCCAUUUAAUAUUUGCAGAUUAUGAUUAAAAUCCGCUGGAUAUUUGCUAAUUUCCUUCUAAGAAAUGGGUUGAACUACUAAUUUAGUUCUGUUUC